AUGGGGGGACCCUGGAACAGCUGCUCAGCUCCCCAGAACCUCUAUCCUGGCCUGUCAGGCUCCGCCUGGCUCUGGACAUCGCCCAUGGCCUGCAGUACCUGCAUGCCAAAGGUGUAUUCCACAGAGACCUCACAUCCAAGGGAAGGGGCAAGGAAGGAGCCAUUGGCUGUGGUGGGUUCCCCCUACUGGAUGGCUCCAGAGGUGUUGCGGGGUGAGCUGUAUGAUGAGAAGGCUGAUGUUUUUGCCUUUGGGAUUGUCCUCUGUGAGCUCAUCGCGCGAGUACCCGCAGACCCGGACUACCUACCCCGUACUGAGGACUUUGGCCUGGAUGUGCCUGCUUUCCGGACCCUGGUAGGGGAUGACUGCCCACUGCCUUUCCUGCUCCUGGCCAUCCAUUGCUGCAGCAUGGAACCCAGCGCUCGUGCACCCUUCACUGAAAUCACCCAGCAUUUGGAAUGGAUCCUGGAGCAGCUGCCUGAGCCAGCCCCCCUCACCAGGGCUCCCCUGACACAAAUUAAGGGGUCUGUUCCAAGAGGGGGUCCCUCUGCCACGCUUCCCAGACCAGAUCCCCGGCUCUCCCGAAGCCGGUCAGACCUCUUCCUGCCCCCAUCACCAGAAUCACUCCCCAACUGGGGGGACAGUCUGACUCGAGUCAACCCCUUCUCACUGCGGGAAGACCUCAGGGGUGGCAAGAUCAAGCUCCUGGACACACCCAGCAAGCCAGUCGCCCCUCUGCCCCUUGUACUACCAUCACCACUGCCCUCCAGCCAGCUGCCCUUGGUGACUACUCCAGAGACCCUCGUCCAGCCUGGGACACCUGCUCGUCGCUGCCGCUCACUACCAUCGUCCCCUGAGCUCCCCCGACGUAUGGAGACAGCAUUGCCAGGUCCUGGCCCUCCCGCUGUGGGCCCCUCAGCUGAAGAGAACAUGGAGUGUGAGGGCAGUAGUCCGGAGCCAGAACCCCCAGGACCAGCUCCCCAGCUGCCCCUGGCUGUGGCCACAGACAACUUCAUCAGCACUUGUUCCUCGGCCUCCCAGCCCUGGUCCCCUAGGUCGGGACCUCCCCUUAACAACAACCCCCCAGCUGUGGUAGUGAACUCCCCUCAAGGCUGGGCCGGGGAGCCCUGGAACCGGGCCCAACAUAGCCUGCCCCAGGCAGCAGCCCUGGAGCGGACAGAACCUUCACCACCCCCUUCAGUUCCCCGGGAGUCCGAUGAGGGGCUGCCCUGCCCUGGCUGCUGCCUUGGCCCCUUCAGCUUUGGCUUCCUGUCCAUGUGCCCCCGCCCCACACCAGCUGUUGCCCGCUACCGCAACCUGAACUGUGAGGCGGGCAGUCUUCUCUGCCACCGAGGGCACCAUGCCAAGCCACCCACAACUAGCCUGCAGCUGCCUGGGGCACGCUCUUAGCAAUGGAGCCUGUGGUCUCAGGCCUCCAACUUUAGCCUUCAGGAUGCCCUGUGAGGACAGAGCACAUGCUGGACAGUGCCAGCCCCAGAUUGGCUGACCGGCUAUCCUGCCCCUAUAGGGGAACCUCAGCAUGGACUCAAGGAACAGAACAUUUCCUAUCCAACCCCUGGGCUUGCUAUCCCGUGGGGAUCACUGAACCAGACACAGCACUGCUGACACACGAGACUAACACGUGCAGAUUAUUUAAAAAUAUUUCAAUAAAACUGCCUGGCUGGCUCCGGGCUGCCCCUAUCCACUCAG